UGGCAGCUUCCAGACAAAGAAGAUCCUACGAAACACCAUCUAUUGCAUCUCAUUUUCACUUGAUAUCGAUUGACUAUUCCCUAUAUCAAUCGAUAUCUGUCUGACUGUACAGGUAACUUCCCAGGUGAUCGUUCAACUGCGCUGCAAGUACCCGACUCCACCUCCACGUCAAACGCGGGGAGGUUCAUCAUCGUUCUACUAUAAACAAAUUCCCGGAUAACAAAACCCGGCCGUCCCCGUCCCUGCUCCCAAGAUGGCGGGUCCCCUCAUACCUCUCGCGGAGAUCCCGACCGUGUCCCUGCUGUACAGACUGAAGCGUUUGAUCCCCGCCGCCGCCUCCGCGGCCCAGCCGUCCAAGGCCUUCAACGACACGAUCGCAUUGAUUCGCAAUGACAUCACCAAGCUGCAGGGCGUCGACUGCAUCGUCAACGCCGCCAACGAGAGUCUCCUGGGUGGUGGCGGUGUCGACGGCGUCAUCCACCGCGCCGCGGGUCCAGACCUGCUGCGCGAGUGCCGCACGCUGGACGGCUGCGAUCCCGGCGACGCCAAGAUCACCGCCGCGUACGAACUCCCUUGCAAACGAGUCAUCCACACCGUUGGGCCCAUCUACAAAUCUGAACUGCGCAGGGGAGGGCCCGAGCGUCCCGAGUCGCUGCUCCGGAGCUGCUACCGUCGCAGUUUGGAAGUGGCCGUGGAGAACCACAUGAGCAGUAUCGCCUUCUCGGCCGUCAGUACGGGUGUGUAUGGGUAUCCGAGUGAGGCUGCGGCGCGGGCGGUCCUGGAUGAGACGCGUCAGUUCUUGGAGAAGCCUGGGAAUAUCGGCAAGUUGGAGCGGAUCAUCUUUUGUAACUUUGAGCGGAAGGACGAGGCGGCGUAUGAGAAGCUCAUCCCUUUGUUCUUCCCACCCGAGGGUCAGGAUGUUCCCAGCACCACAAGCGGCAGCCCCAACGAGCAGACCCAGUCCCAGUCAACAAACACUGACGGUGAGUCCUUACUCUCGUCCGAAACACUCGCAGCCAAGCUCCCCGAUGCGCCCACCCUGGAGCCCGGACUAGAUGGCCAACCGGAGACCAAGAAACAGAGGGUAAACGUGACUGAUACCGAGCAGCGAGGUAAAAGCCACAUGGAGGAUUUUUCCAUCAGGUCGGAUGACGAUUGGGAGGAGGUGCACAAGUCCGAGGAUGGGCGCACGGAGAGAUUGGAUGACGACCCAGUCGAGGUUGACCGGCCUCCGUCUGCCACGGAUGUGCAGAGCGUUCAAUCGAGUGGAAUCAUUGACAUGGAUGGCUCGCAGUCGUCGGACGGCAUUCUCGCAAAGGACAGCCUCAUGACGAAGGACUGGUAGUUGAUAACGGCAUGGGAGGGAAAGGGACGCACACAUCCUUACGAACGAAUAUUUGAUGAUUAGGCUGGCGUUAGGACUGAUCCUUCAGUGGUCUUGU